AUGGCUCAAGGUUGCAUUUGCAUAAUUUGCGGCACCAUCCCCGGCGUCGUGAAGUACGGCAGUUACAAGUACGACGACGGCACUCAGUACGUCGGCGACUGGAACGACAAGGGCCAGAAACACGGCAUGGGCCACCUGGCACUCCCCGACGGCACUCGAUACGACGGGGGUUUCGAGGGGGGGCUCUUCAACGGCCUGGGGGUCAUCCACUUCCCCGAUGGAGCUAGAUACGAGGGGGAAUUCAUGCAAGGCUGGUUCCACGGCCAUGGAAUCUUCUGGAGAAACGACAACAUGAGGUUCGAGGGAGAAUUCAGGGGAGGACGUAUCUGGGGCCUCGGCCUCGUGACUUACGCAGACGGGUCCAACGGCUUCCCACGGAAUGAGGGAUUCUUCCAAGAUUGCCGCUUUAUGAGGAAGACCAAGUGUCCUCAGGUUAUCCAGAGGGCCCAGAAGGUGUCUCAUAUUGCCCGGGCUCAGCUGGACCAGUGAGAUCUCUUCUUUUCUCAUUCUCGUUUAAGAUUAAUAGUUCAUAGUUGAGAUAAAUAAAUGUGCUAGGGA